UGUGACAUCGAGAGUUCGUGUUGGGCUUUAAGAGAUAUGGCCCGAUUGUGCUGCUUGCGCUAGACCUGAUACAAAAUCACGAGAGAACGAUAUCGUUCUUCUUCUUCGACGCGGCGGCGAAGCAUGGACUUUCGCGAUUCCGUUGUCGAUCUGAAACGGUGUUAUUAAGGGCUGCGUCAUUAAUCAAAUUGAUUCACCCCACCACGAUCCAUCUUCAAUGUUUGGUCUUAGAUGUGAAAGGCGGUCUGAAAUCUAUAUAAAUAGAUAAUGUUCUUUUCCGAUUUGAAGUCCGGCGGCAAAUGUUCGUCCGUCGUCGAGGCUAGGCUCCUGCGAUACUGGGAGGCUCGGAAUGUGAAACGCGGCGGUGAGCUGAUGUGGGUCGACAUGCUGAUGAUCGAUGUCAAUGCGACCAUAAUGCAAGCCACCAUCUAUGCCAACCGGCUUCCAAGAUUCCGGUCUAAGCUUGCCGCUGGGAAGAUGUAUUCCAUCUCCGGUUUCGAUGUGGCCAGAUGUGCUCAGAGAUACAGGCUUUCCGACUCCCCUUUGCUGAUUCGGUUUAAUGAGUUAACCGAUUUUGAAGAGCUGACCGAGCCGGUUUCUCCCCUGCCUGAAGAAGGAUUCCGGUUCCGCAAUCAAUCUGAGCUCGCCGGAUUAGCUAACACGAACGCACAGCUCCCAGACAUUAUAGGUGAGAUCACUUCAGUUAAGAGCACUGUGAGCGAUACUCUUGGAGACAAGAACCGUAUCAUGGCAACUAUCAAGCUGGAUAAGUAUUCUUUAGUUUUAACAUUUUUUAUUUGCUGAGUAUGCAUGCGUUUUCAUAUGACGUGGUGGACACAAAGUUAAUGUAAUGUUAAAAAUCUGCUUAUUUGCAGUGAAACAACGGUCACUCUAAGCCUAUUCGAUGCUCAGGCUGUGUCUUUCCACAAAUAACUUGAAGACAUGAAUGGUGAUCCAAGGGUGAUUGUCGCUACUAGCAUAAACCCAAAGAUGGUUGGAGGCGGGUUGUUCCUCAAUGCAACAUCAGGAACACACAUCUACUUUGACAAGGAGACAAAUGCAGGGGAGGUUUACUUCUACAAGCUGGUUGCUAGAGACACUGGAGCCCCACCUGCUGCGCCAUUGCUGAAAGGAUAUGCAAAGGUCGAGACCCUGACCGUAUCAGAGCUCAAUGGUUUUAUAGCCUCUGCAUCAUCACAGGAAAUUGACUUUAUUUGCACCGGUAAAGUCGUUCGACUCGACGUGGACAAGGGAUGGUGCUAUGUUGCCUGCUCCAAAUGCAGUAAAAAGUUGCAGCGUACUGUCUCUGCUUUGGAGUGUAUGCGAUGCAGUAAUGCUAAUGCUGUCGGGGUUCUCCGUUAUCGUGUGGAGUUGGCAAUUGCUGAUGAUACUGCUGAAGGUGCUUUCGUGUGUUUUGAUGGUGUGAUGACUAAGCUGCACAACCUUAGAGUAAGUGAAGCUGGUCAGAUGUUGGCUGAGGAAGGUGUAAAUCCUGAAGAGUCUAGAGUUCCUCCAUUUAUCACAGACAUGGAAGGAAAAACGUUCCAAGUCAGGGUUAGUUCAUACAACUUCACUGCGCACCAUCAGACAUUCACUAUCACACGCAUCCUCAAGGAACAUGGGCGGGUUCCAGUUCCUGACUUUGUAGUCAAUGGUGGAAACGAUGCUGAUGAUGAUGAUGGGGCAGAUGGUAGUGCAGUUCCUGUUCAGGUCGUAAAUGGAGAGGGCAGUAGUGGUGCAGCUAAUGAUGCUGAAGAGAUUCCAAAUGGUCCUUCACCUAAAAAUGUUAUCCGCUCAGCUGAUAAGGCUGCCAAGAAAGCCCGUGUUGUCUGAGAUGAGUUACCAGUCGUUAUGUUUGGGUUUAAAUAAUGCUUCGUAUCAGUAUCCAGUUUCUUCACGUCUUUGACUAUCUUUGUUUCAGCUUUGUCAUGCUUUGGUUACCAAAUAUUGUCCGUCAGUUUCAGUAUAAUUAAGAAAAGCUAUUUCUAUUUA